AUGCUGAAGGCGUUUGUGGUUGCGGUUGUGGGUCUUGUGGCCCUGGCUACGCUCGCGGCUGAUGCCAAGUUCACCAGCAGCGAGUACUGGGGCGAGUACAACACCACCUCUGGCCCAGUCGAGGGCAAGAUCAACGUUCACCUGGUUCCCCACACCCACGAUGACACCGUACGCUGGCUCAUCACCGUUGACCAGUACUACACCACUGCUGUCAACUACAUCCUGGACACCGUCAUGACCCGUCUGGAGGAGAACCCCGAUCGCAAGUUCAUCUACGUCGAGACGGGCUUCUUCGAGCGCUGGUGGAUUCAGCGGAACGAGGAGACGAAGAAGCGGUUUGCAAAGCUCGUCGCCAACGGGCAGCUCGAGUUCGUCAACGGCGGCUGGUGCAUGCACGACGAGGCGGGCCCGCACUAUGUUGAGAUGGUUGAGAACACGGCGCGCGGUCACCUCUUCCUCAAGAAGAACUUUGGCAUCGCUCCAAACGGCACUUGGCAGAUUGACCCGUUUGGCCACACCAACACGCAAGCGUGGCUGAUUGGGCAGUACGCUGGCCUGCAGUACCUCUACUUUGGACGCAUGGACAACCAGGACUUCAACAUGCGCAAGAACCUGUCGUCCAUGGUUGCUCCAGAUGUUCCCCGCUCCCUGGAGUGGGUCUGGCAGGGGUCAAAGACAUUCGGAAGCGAGUUCCAGACGUUCACCGGCGAGCUGUACGGCGGCGGCGGCGGCGGUUAUGGCGCUCCCAACGGCCUCGACUUUGAUGGCAGCGACAACCAGGUUUGUGUGCAAGACGACCCUCGCCUGCACGACUUCAACCUGGACUCGUUUGUGGAGACGUUCAUCUCUGCCGCAAAGGACCAGGCGCAACACAUGCGCACGGAGCACAUCAUGUGGGCCAUGGGAUCAGACUUCAACUAUCAGAACGCAGACCACUGGUACAACAACCUUGACAAGCUGAUCCACCACAUCAACAAGAACGGCACUGUCAACGCCUUCUACUCCACACCAACCAUCUACACGAAAUGGAAGCACAAGGCCGGGCUCAAGUGGGAGGCGCGCUACGAUGACGUCAUGCCGCUCGCAGACAACGCCCACCACUACUGGAGCGGCUACUUCACGAGCCGCCAGAGCCUUAAGAAGUAUCUUCGCGUCAUGUCGAACCUGCUGACGUCCUCCCGCCAGCUCGCCCUCCUCACCAACACCUCCACAUGCACCUCCACCACCACGGACAACCUGGAGGCUGCGAUUGCUGUGUCGACGCACCACGACGGACUGAGCGGCACGGAGAAGCAGGCUGUUGCCGACGACUACUCGCUGCGCAUUGCUGGUGGCGAGCAGGAGACACGCGGCAUGGUGGCGCAGGUGUUUGACCGCCUCGCGGGCAUGAAGGACGCGCAGUUCUGCAACACGGAGCGCGGCCUCAACAUCUCCUUCUGCCCCUUCACGACAGACGCAGCGGAGUUCUCCAUGAUUGCAUACAACCCGCAGGGCCAGCGCUCGAAGCAGGUGUUCCGCGUGCCCAUUGCCUCCUCCCACGCAUCCGUUGUCUCCAGCACAGGCAAGGCCGUGCCCAGCCAGGUGGUGCCGCUCACCGACCGCGAGAUUGGGCUCUCCAAGGCCUACCUGCAGUUCCAGGAGAUGGACAACAAGCAGCGCGUGGCAGAGUUCACCAACAACGCCACGCACGUCGUCACGUUUGUUGCCGAUGUCCCCGCCGUUGGUUAUGAGACGUUCACCAUCUCCACUGGCAGCGAGCUCGUCAACGAGGCAGCCGCAUCCGCUUCCACGUUUGCGUCGCCGUUCUCUGCUGUGCGCAUCGCCAACGAGUACUACGAGCUGAGCUUUGACGGACCCGACGCCACCGCCAGCGUGCGCAACCUCAAGACCAACGUCACGGAGCGCGUGGCAAUCGACAUUGGCUUCUACAACUCGUCGCUCGGCGGCUGCACGUACGGCUCUGGCGCGUACAUCUUCCGCCCCAACAACAGCAUGGUGUGGCCUGCGGCAUGCACGGACGGCAACUGCACGCGCGCGCCCAAGAUCACGGCCAGCACGGGCCCGCUUGUGAGCGAGGUGUACAUCACGUACGCCAACUGGGCCACGCUCAUUGUGCGCCUGAUUAGCGGCGUUGACCGCAUCGAGGUUGAGUACACCGUUGGGCCCAUCCCGCAGGCCAACUUCGAGGGCGGCUCGCCCUACCUGCAGGGCAAGGAGGUUGUGCUGCGCUACAACACCACGCUCAGCACCAACGGCCACUUCUUCACGGACUCCAAUGCCCGCGAGAUGGUUGAGCGCGUGUACAACAAGCGCGGGCCGGCCUACCCGAACCCCUACCAGAUCUCGGAGCCCGCUGCAGGCAACUACUACCCCGUCAACGCGCUGAUGGCGCUUGAAGACAAGGCGAAGAACGUCGGCUUCUCUGUUGCUGUCGACCGCUCGCUUGGCGGCGCGUCCCUCGCCAGCGGCUCGCUCGAGCUCAUGGUGCACCGUCGCACGCAGGCGGAUGACUCGCGCGGUGUGGGCCAGCCCAUGAACGAGACCAUGUGCGGCUGCCGCGACCAGGACCCCAACAACAUUGGCCAGUGCAACUGCACCGGGCUCAUCAUCAAGGGCAUUAACUACCUGUACCUCGACUCCAUCCCCAACACCAACGCUGCUCGCCGCACGGGCUCCGAGGACCUCAACUUCUCCCCCGUUGUCGCAUUCAGCGCGUCCAAGCCAACAAAGCCGUCGUUUGCAGGCCUUGGCCAGGACCUGCCCCAGAACGUCAAGCUGAUGACGCUUGGCGUGGUGUCGCCCCAGUACAACGACCGCGUGUUCCUGCGUCUUGCCCACUUGUUUGAGGCCGGCGAGCACCCCGAGCUCUCCAAGCCCGUCAACGUGUCGCUUGCCAAGGUGUUCUCGAAGAAGGGCCUGACGGUGACGGCUGCACAGGAGGUGUCGCUGACAGGCAACCGCACCCCGCAGGAGCUCGAGGACAUGAAGUUCAAAUGGAACGUCGCAGGCGAGGAGGAGCAGAUGCCAAAGGUUCAGCGCACGUUCGCGCCUGGGCAGGUUCCCUUUGACGAGAACGACGCGAGCCUGACAGUGACGCUGCGCCCCAUGGAGAUUCGCACGUUCACCGUCGACCUCCAGUGAUGGUUGUGUGAUGGUGGACUCACGGGGAUGGGGGUAUUGGUACAGGAGGUGUGCUGUGUGCUGGUUGACGAGGCAAGCGG